AUGGCCGAAGCCCAAUUGACAGAUUUCCCAUCCCUCUUCUCGCUAAAGGGAAAGGUCGCAGUGGUGACCGGCGGUUCUCGCGGUCUCGGACUACACGCCGCAUCCGCCUUCCUCCAAGCCGGCGCCUCCAAGGUCUUCAUCUCGUCCCGCAAAGCCGCCGCCUGCGACGAGGCCUGCAAAGCCCUCAAUGCCCUUCCCAACCGCUCGCCCGGCGCCGUCGCCAUCCCCAUCCCCGCCGACUCGGCCAACAUGAAGGGCGUGACGCACCUGCUCGAAGAGGUCAAGAAGCACACUGACCGCGUGGACAUUCUCUUCGCCAACGCCGGCGCCACCUGGGGCCAGGCCUUUGACACCCACCCCGACGAGGCCUUUGCCAAGGUCAUGGAUCUCAAUGUCAAGGCCGUCUUCAACACGGUCCGCGUCUUCGCGCCGCUGCUGGACAAGGCCGCUUCUCGCGCGGACCCCGCCCGCGUCAUCAUCACGGCCAGCGUCGCCGGCUUGGGCAUUGGCACCAUUGGCAAGCAGGGCACCUAUGGGUACUCUGCGUCCAAGGCGGCCGUCAUCCACCUCGGCCGCAACCUGGCCAUCGAGCUGGGUCCCAGGGGCAUCACCGUAAACUCCAUUUGCCCUGGUUUCUUCCCUAGCAAGAUGUCCAACGGGCUCUUGGAGAUAUCGGGCGGCGCCGACAAGAUUGCCAGCACGAACCCCAUGGGGCGACUUGGCGUGCCGGAGGAUAUUGCGGGUGUGGUGGUGUAUUUGGCCAGCAGGGCCGGUUCGCACGUCAACGGCGAGGCUAUCGCCAUUGAUGGAGGUGCAAUGUGGGCGAGGGGGGAGUUGGCUUUCCCUGGGGAGGGGAGCUCCAAGUUGUAG